AUGGUAGUGGACAAAUAUGGCAUGGGAGUGAAGUAUAGUUGGCUGGCAAUGGAGACUCUGGUUGAUAUUACUACUGACCAAAACCAAGGUACUGAAUUUACUGACAGAAACUACAAUGACAUACCAGAAUACCCAUUUGGGAUGGGAAUGGAGGCUUCUUGCAACUUCCUUCCUCUGAAAUUGGCUUACUUCGUCUUUAAACCCUCAGACUCACUUCCUUCAUCAGCCCCAAGAAAAACCCAUUACUCAGUUAUGUCAUAUAAGUGUUUGCGCAAUUGUCUGUGA